CUGCCUGUCAGUAACAAGCUGUUAACCAUCAAAUUAGUAGAUUUCCACGUACAAAGUUACAAAUAAACACAAAUAAGGAACAUUUUCAAAUACAGAAAGAAUUGCUAACUGGUCAUGAUGCAGGAAGAUUCCAAUGGAGAGUCUUCAUUCGAGAUCGUCGAUAAGAAAGGAAAUGAAAAAUCAGAAUCUUCAGGCACUUUGAGCGCAGUUUCUUCGGCCUACUCGAUGACAUCCCCUAGUACAAUCAGUAUGCCUAGUGGUAACCUUCUAUCGAAUGUGCCACCUCCAUCUGCAUUGCCAGAUCUGUCCUUAUGGUCAGCAUCAUCUCUCAGUAGCGACACGCCAGAAAACAGUAUGCCCGUUGAUAAUACCCCUUCAAAUCCACAAAAUGAGGCAGCACACAGUGUUGUCUCUGAAUUAGCAAAUAUGAAUUUGAACAUCAAUCUGGUAACACCACCUGUUACAGAGCAGUUCCCUGCUACACAAUUCAGUGCUGCCAUACCUCCCAGUAAAGGAGUGCAGCACGGACCAGUAUCACAGCAGCCAAAACAAGUUGAAGUUGGAACUGAAGUAUCUGGGGGUUUCAUGGGAUUGGUUAAAGAAGCUUUCUCCAGUGGAGGCGUUUUGUCGAAAAUGGCAGAGAAGGCAAAAAAUUCUGUGGAUUCCAUUAUUACGACAUUGGAUCCACAGAUGAGCGAAUAUAUUCAUUCUGCUGGAGAUACAGAAGUGACUGUAACAUCAGAUAAUGAAGAGGAGGUUAGUGCUGUAAGAGAUGCAUUUCAUGCAGUUUUUGGAAAAGCCUGGGUUAAUGGAAUCAAACUAAAUUUGCCUCCAAAACCAGCAGAAGCAAUAGGUUUUGAAGAAGGAUUCAAAAUUGCACAAGAAAAAUUGAGUUAUUCAUUGAAGUUUAGGAAUACACCAACAGUAGCUAUUGAAAAUAUUAUACUGGAGCAAAGUGACAGGUAUUUCGACUUGAGUAUAUUGGUUCUUAAAGAUGUUGAGAGGAAUAUCAUAGUGGAAACAUUCACGCAAGCAACUCCAAUACCGGUUUCUCAGUUUGUGAAAAAUAUCGAGAACGAGAAGCCUGAAUGUAGAUCUCUAAGCACAGCAGAAAAACUAGCAAUAUAUCUACAGGAUAUCCCCGAAUGGCAGUUUGAAAUAUCAGGACUGCCGAGAAAAGAAGUCUUGCUGCUCGCGGCGAAAGUACUUGUUAAACUGUAUAAAAACAAAUUGAUAUCAAAAUAAGUGUACUUACUAUGAACAUUAAGAAUGUACCAUCAUAUAUUUGCUGCUGCCAAUAAGAUUUUUAGAUAAGUUCAUUAGAAUAUCUUUAUGGAAACAGUACUUGUAUAUAUCAAGAUAUAAUGUUGCAGUAUGAGAUUAGAUCUGUUCAAUGUUGUAUUUUGUAAGGCCUAAAAACCAGCGAAAUAAUUUCGGUACUUUGCAAGUCAGCUUUGUGCAUUUUAUCAAUGUUUUAAAUUUAAAUAAUAAAAAACCAAUGCAAUGUACGUACUUUAAUUAUUUUUUUGUUAUAUUUGUAAUGUGUUUUAUUAUAUGAUUGUAUCUCACAAUAAAUUUAAGAGUAUGCCCAUAUUGAAUAUGUAUAGAUUUAUUUGUAAAAAUGUAAAAUUAUGGAAUAUAAAAAAUUAUGUACGAUCA